CAUCCAACCCCUUUCAUCUUGUCUUCCUCUCCACUCUCAAAUUAUUAACAAUGGAAUCUGAGCUUUCCUUCAUCUUCUGCUCCAUUUUCUUCUCUUUUACCCUUCUGUUUUGUUUAUUCUCUUUGAUGAUUUUCCUGUUGAGACUCAAGUUUGGGUGUGGCUGCGAAAUCUGCCGGGCUUUCCUCAACUCCAGUUGGUCCAAAGAAUUCGAUAAUAUCUGUGACUGGUACACUCAUCUUCUCCGGAAGUCAACUACAGGCACCAUCCACAUCCACGUUCUCGGAAACACCAUCACCGUAAACCCUGCGAACGUCGAACACAUUCUCAAGACGAGGUUCGAUAACUACCCAAAGGGGAAACCUUUCUCAGUGAUCUUAGGCGAUCUUCUCGGUAAAGGUAUCUUCAAUGUCGAUGGUGAUUCCUGGAAGUUUCAGAGGAAAAUGGCGAGCCUGGAACUCGGUAGCGUGUCAAUAAGACUCUACGCUUUUGAACUUGUCAAAGUGGAGAUCCAAACCAGGCUGAUCCCUCUCCUAUCGUCGUUUUCCAGAAACGGUGACGUUCUAGACUUACAAGAUGUUUUCCGGCGGUUUUCUUUCGACAACAUUUGCAAGUUCUCCUUCGGGAUUGACCCUGGUUGUCUCAAUUUAUCCUUGCCAAUCUCGAAACUCGCCGUUGCUUUUGAUGUGGCGUCUAAAUUAUCAGCUGAAAGAGCCCUGACGGUGUCGCCGAUUGUAUGGAAGGCGAAAAAGCUACUGAAUUUAGGAUCGGAGAAGCAGCUGAAAGAAGCUAUCAAAAUGGUAGACCAAUUAGCAGAGGGAAUGAUAAACCACCGCCGGAAGAUGGGGUUCGCAAACAAGAACGAUCUUUUAUCAAGAUUCAUGGGGACCAUCGACGACGAUAAGUAUCUCCGAGACAUAGUCAUCAGCUUCUUGUUAGCCGGCCGCGACACAAUCGCCUCCGGACUGACUAGCUUCUUCUGGUUGUUAUCACAACACUCUGAAGUUGAGUCAGCCAUUCGGGACGAAUUGGAUCGAGUCAUGGGUCCGAGUCAGGAACUCGAAAGCUUUGAGUCCAUGAGAGAACUGCAUUAUCUACAUGCUGCUUUGCAUGAGAGCAUGAGGCUAUUUCCACCGGUGCAAUUUGAUUCAAAGUUCGCUGAAAAGGACGACGUUUUACCUGAUGGAACAUUUGUCAAGAGUGGCACCAGGGUCACCUACCAUCCGUAUGCAAUGGGUCGGAUGGAGCGGGUUUGGGGAUCCGACAGUCUUGAAUUCAUACCAGAUAGGUGGUUGCAAAAUGGGAGGUUUGUCCAGGAAAAUCCGUUCAAGUAUCCGGUCUUCCAAGCCGGGCUUAGGGUUUGUCUGGGCAAGGAAAUGGCACUAGUGGAGAUGAAAUGCGUGGCCGUUGCGCUCCUCAGGCGGUUCAACAUCCGGAUAGCGGAUCCGGUUCAAGCCCCGAGGUUUGUCCCUGGGCUAACCGCCACCAUUAAAGGUGGCUUACCGGUUAUUGUUGAAGAAAAUUAAUACCGGAGGGUUAAUCAUGCAUGAUGCAAAUUAAGCGUCCGGGCUGGCCGGCGCAUGUUAGCAUUUUGUAGUGGGUAACUGCUAACAUACACUGACCAAUGUGGAGGAAUGUGGGGGGGAGAAGAUAAGAUGUAGGAUCAAAUAAUUAUGUGGAGGGUUGUAUUUUGGCCUUUUUGGAUUAGGUACUGGUUCUAUUAGUGUACAUGCAAAUAUAUGUAUUAUAUGGAAGAAGUAGAAGUCUGUUUUCUGGGGAACAGGAAUGCAGGACUUUUGUAUAAGAUAAGUUCCUGCAUCUGUUUCUAGAUAUUUUUUAAUUUGGCGCCCAAUGCAAGGUCAUAUCUUCAAUGAAGAAGAAAAGGGGUCGAAGGGUGAGGAUGUGAAAUAUCAUUGAAUACCUUACCUUCCAUAUAGAAAUUUGUUGUUGCAGCAACAUUUACCAAGUUUCUAUUUCUCUCCACAUUUCUUCCUUCAAACUGGAAAUUCCAAUUCCUAUGUAAUCAUAAGAGAUAUCUUCAGCUACUGGCAUCAGCUCAAUUUGUUGAUCGAUAUCAUCACAUCCGAAUUCGAACCCCAACUGUUUUGAAGAAUCUUAAAUAAUUUGGCGUAUAAUCUACAAAACAGACAGUAGUUUAUGUUAAGCCACAGAAAGUCAUAGAAUCUGUUGGAGUUCAGAAGCAAGAAAACAGAAGGUGAAAAUCAAGCAGAGGGCAGAAACAGAGGAAAAACCAGAAAAAAACAUAAAGAGGGAACAUAAAGACCAUACAUACAUCGGUCUUCUCCUUUUAUUGUAUAUAUAUUUUGUACAUUGAUAGUAAGUGAAGGUGAACAACUUAUAUAAAAGAUCUUGUGCAUA